AAGUUGGACCAAGAACAAGAAGCAAAGAUGGACACGCUUUCUGGCGGUUGGCAUCCAAACCACAUCGCAUUUCCAGACUCCCCAAAAAUCACCGGAGCCAAAUUCCACAACAACAAUCCAUCCCAGAUUUCCAUUUCUUUCUGAAACCCAGUUUGCAAAUUGCAAUGGCUUUGGAAACGGUGAAGGAGGACGAGCAAGUUUACGGCUGGAGAGAAGUGACGCUAUCUCAUUCAAUCUCAGGCCUCGAGAGAGAGACCGGGGAGAGGAGGCGAGGCCGUGACAUACUCAUAGCCAUCGAUCAUGGGCCCAACAGCAAGCACGCUUUCGAUUGGGCCCUCAUUCACUUUUGCAGGCUUGCCGACACCAUCCAUCUCGUCCACGCAGUUUCCAGUGUGCAAAACGAGAUUGUUUAUGAAGCGAGCCAGGGGCUAAUGCAGAAGCUUGCUCUCGAGGCAUUCGAAGUUGCUAUGGUGAGGACUAAUGCUCGAAUUAUGGAAGGGGAUCCAGGUAAGGUAAUUUGCAAGGAAGCAGAAAGAAUAAAGCCUGUAGCUGUGGUCAUGGGUAGUAGAGGCCGAAGCUUAAUUCAAAGUGUACUACAGGGGAGUGUCAGUGAGUAUUGCGUCCACAACUUUAAAUCAGCUCCUGUUAUAAUUGUUCCUGGAAAAGAAGUUGGAGAAGAGUCAUUGAUCUAGCUAGUGGAACUCACGGUAUGUUUAGAACUGUUGUUCAGUAUUUAACUAUUCUGUAAAUUUCGUUAGUAAAUGCUAGCUUGGAUGUGUGUAUUCGGAACUUGGAGGCCUUGUAAGAAUCAACUAAUACCAAUUAAUAGUUACAUGAAAUGUUCAGAAUUC